UAGCGUUUGUUUGAUAUAGAUUAUCUGUAAUUGGCAAGUAAUUUAUGGUCUUUGGUGUAGUGGGAAAUCUAUGGAAUUAAUAGACACAGUGAUAAUCGCGAAUAAUAAUAAUGUUACUUUACAAUACGAAGAGGCGUCUGCAAUGCGCAGAGGCGACGAGAACUCGGAGAAACUGAUCAUGGUUGGUAACACAGAAGGCAAUAGAUCAUGUGGCCGUUCAUCAACCAGAUGGACCGAUCAAGUGAGAGACUUAUCGGCCUUUAAACUCUACACUGUUAUAAGAGAGGGGCUGGACAGAAACCAACGGAAAUAUCCACUCCAAACAUUUCCUUGUUUACCACGACUCCCAGACAUGAGCUACCGACUAAGAGAGAUUUUCAAAAUAAAUAUAUUUUAA